UUGGGUCCAGGGUCAAAGUGCCUGGUUCUCAAACAGCACAACCCAGGACUCGAGCCCAGGCAGAGAGAGAGUUGGAGCUGUGAUCGGUGGGAAGGAGCCAGGAAGGACAGACACUGACUGUCAGCCGGGAAGUCCUGGCCAGGAUGAGCUCCUCGUUGCUGAAGCGGCUGAAUAUGCUGCAAAUCGUGUUAACCUUCCUGGUGUUGGGCCCGCUGUGUACGCUGCUAACACUGUACCUGUUGCUCACACCGCUCUGGCCUCUGACUGCACUGUAUGGAGUCUGGAUGGUGUUUGACUGGAGAACCCCAGAGAGAGGUGGAAGGAAGUCAGACUGGGUGAGGAGAUGGCGAACAUGGGAAUUUCUGAGAGAUUAUUUCCCCAUUACGCUGGUGAAGACGGCGGAGUUGCCGAGGGACAGGAAUUACGUGCUGGGAUACCACCCUCACGGGAUUCUGGCCACUGGAGCCUUCUGUAACUUCGGCACCGAGGCCACCGGCUUCUCACGGCUUUUCCCGGGAAUCACUCCCCGCCUGGUCGUGCUGCAGGGACUCUUCCGCCUGCCGCUGUUCCGGGAAUACGUCAUGAGUGUCGGGGUUUGCUCUGUCAAUAAGCGCAGUGUGACUCACCUCUUGGCUCGGAGUGGGGUGGGCAAUGCCGUGGUGAUCGUGGUGGGGGGGGCGGCUGAGGCGCUGACCAGGACUGGAGUCCACGCCAUCAUCCUUAAACACCGCAAGGGCUUUGUCAGGCUGGCCCUCGAACAUGGAGCUGACCUGGUGCCUGUGUACUGUUUUGGGGAGAAUUCCCUGUAUGAGCAGGUGGUCCUGGCUGAUGGCGGGUGGGCUCAGUGGCUACAGAAAGGCUUCCAGCAGUUGAUCGGCUUCGCUCCGUGUCUGAUCCGUGGCCAGGGUCUCUUCACCCGAGGCUGGGGUCUCCUGCCCAACCCCCAGCCCCUCACCACCUUCGUGGGAGCUCCUAUCCCUGUGACACAGACCCACUGCCCCAGUCAGGCUGAUGUUGACCACUAUCACAGUCUGUAUGUGGCGGCUGUUACUGAGCUCUUCAACCAACAUAAAGAAGCCUGUGGUCUCCCCACCAGCGCCCAGCUCCUCAUCAUGUAAUACUGUGUACACACUCCAUAUGAUACUGUGUACACACUCCAUAUGAUGCUGUGUACACACCUCAUAUACACGGUACUACACACACUGUAUAUAAACCUCAUAUACAUACAGUGUUAAUCUCUCCUCCCAGUGCCCAGCUCAUCAUAUAAUACUGUGUACACACUCCAUAUGAUACUCUGUACAUAAUUCAUAUAAUACUGUGUACACACUCCAUAUGAUACUGUGUACACAAUCCAUAUAAUACUGUGUACACACUCCAUAGAAUGCUGUGUACACACCUCAUAUACUGUACGUACACACACUCUCUAUAAACCUCAUAUACAUUCAGUGUGGUCUCCCAGCGCCCAGCUCCUCAUCAUAUAAUACUGUGUACACGUCCUCAUCAUAUAAUACUGCGUACAUGUCAUUUGUAUUGUGUACACACUCCAUAUACACACCUAAUAUACACCACACGCACGUUGGGCAAGUUUCCUUACUCCACACACACACAAACACACACUCUGUUU